ACUGUAUGUGUAUAUUUCUAAACCUCCUGUGUUGCACCUGUCCCCCAGGAGUCGCCCAGGCCGCAUGUCCAGAGCUGCCCCUGCCCGGCAUGCUUGGCGUGUCAGCGGAGCCCCUGGCGGGAGGCUGGGCCGCCCUCACCUGCGACCCCGUCUCCACGCUCGUCUCGCCCUUCAGCGAACACGUGGUGCUGAGUCGGUGCGCGCGCGGCGAGUGGAGCGUCCUGGAGGCCACCUGCCAAGCCUCCACUUCGGAGAUCUUCCGUCCGUGCGCCGACCCGACGCCGCAGCCGGAGAUGGCCGCCGUCAACAAGAGCUUCACGGCCUCGACCGGAGAGGUGGCCACCGUGUUUGCUUGUGAGCCGGGCUAUGCUUGGCUCUCCGGCCAGGCCUUUGCAGUCACCCAGUGCUUGAACGGAAACUGGACUCCUAUCAUGGAUAUGUGCGAUACAGCGUGCCCCAUGCCAAGGGACUGCUCGGACAUCAGCUUGCUAGGCUUCAGUAGUUCGGGGAUGUACAGAAUCACGCCUUCAGGGAAUCCCUUGUUUGGCAUGAAAGAGGUCUGGUGCGACCUCGACGACUCCUCCGCCCUGACCGGCGGCGGGUGGACGACUGUGUUCCGCAGAAGCGCUGCAGUUGCCUUUUCCGCGGAGACAGAACCGGCCAAGUGGGAAGCGUACGAGUUCGGCUUCGGAGACAACACCACCGACAAUUAUUUCAUAGAAAGUGAUGCUAAUGAAAGUCCUGCAGGCGAAGAGCAGCACCAAGCAUUCUGCUUUUCAAAAAGAGCUCCUCGACUGAGCCAUGUCCGCGGGCGCUCGGGCGAGGCGCGCACGGGACUCCUGGACCUCGUGGAUCUCAGCUGGAACGCCGACGGCUCGCCCCGCCCGCUCGUCUUCCAGUUCCUGCUGGACGCCGGCGGCGAGCUCCGCCACGCCACGUUCGCCGGCGUGCAGGUCGCGCCGCCGCAGGAGGGCUACGCUCUGCUGGGCCCGGCCACCUACCACGGAGACGCCGGCGAUUCCUUCGGGCCCCUCGUCGGCUUCAACGUGACCCUCCAGAAGGACCAGUACUGGUGGGCGCCCGAGGACCCCGCCGAGGCGCAGGCCCUCCGGGACUCCGUUGGGAGUGAUCUUACAGCGAGCACCGUGACCUGGGCUGAGCUCGGGCCUGACGUCGCCUUGACCUCCUGCAUUAUACGGGUUCGACCUUUGACCUACGACGAAGCUCGGUCGUGUCCUCCGUUGGGCGUCACGGCUCCACGAUGGAUAAGCACCGAGGUGAACGUCCCGCUGAGCCGCGACGUCGGGAGCGCCGUCAGCUACGCGUGCCUCGGGGAGUACAUGUGGGAGGGGCCUGAGGGCGGCGACAGGACCCGCGCAGGGACGCUGGUGUGCGAGAGGCCUUCGGAGACCGAGCCGCCGCGGUGGAACGGCACACUGACUCUGCCUUGCUCGAUUGUCUGCCCCCCGGAGUUUCAACCCAACGGCCCCAGAACCCGCUGCUACCACUUCUCGACGGUUCCUGAGGAGGACGGCGUCGUGGGGGCGGCCCUCAGGUGCAGCGACCUGGGCGCCUCGCCCGCGGUCAUUCCCUUCGGGGACUUCCUCAGUGGCGCCGCGCCGGGGGCCUUCUACUACACAGCACAUGUUGACAGGUCCUGUGCUACACAGAUGGAUUAA